UUGUCUUCCGGGUUGGUGGAGUCCCUUCAGCGGCUGAAGUUGUUGUUGUUCUGGUUCUGGCGCAGCGAUGGCCAACGACCCAGCGCUGUCCCUGCGGGUUUCAGAGAUUAAGAAUUCGGCUGCUCUCUUCGAGCGCUACAACACAGACGAGAUCCGUCGGAUCGAGCAAAAAGUCCGCGGGGAGAUCGAACAGAAGAAGGAGGAGCUGAGGCAGAUGGUCGGGGAGCGGUACCGGGACCUCAUCGAUGCCGCCGACACCAUCGGAGAGAUGAGGCAGUGCUCGGAGAGCGUGGUCCUGUCCAUCCAGGACAUGCACCAGUACUGUCACGGUCUGAAACAAGGCAGAGCCGCCGUGAGCAGCUGCAGAAAGGAGGAGAACCAGAGGCAGUGGCAGGAUAAGUUCUACACCAUGGCAGCCCAGAUAAAGCUCCUGUUGGAGAUCCCAGAGCGCAUCUGGAGUGCCAUGGAGGCGUCGCAGUACCUACAGGCCACCCAGCUGUACCUGCUGUGCUGCCACCUGCACAGUCUGUUGCAGCUGGACAACGCAAGAGGGGGCCACUACAGCCCCGUCCUGGCCCGCUUCCCUAUUCUGGUCCGCCAGGUAGCCACCACCGGGCACUUUAGGUCCACCAUUCUGCUAGACAGCAGGUCUCUGCUGCGAGGACGCGCUGUGUCGGACCAGGCCAUCGCCGAGGCCCUGGUGUCCACCAUGCUGCUGGAGGACAGCUCACCACGACAGGCCUUGGCUGACUUCUUGCUGGCCCGGAAAGCCUCUAUCCAUCAGCUGCUCAACCAACCACAGCACGGUGCAGGGAUCAAGGCGCAGGUGUGCAGCCUGGUGGAGCUGCUGGUCACCACCCUGUUCCAGGCCUACGCUGUCUUCUACCUGCCCCCAGAGAGAGUCCCCAGGCCUGCAGAAGGCGCUCUGAGCUGCGGCAUGCUCUUCUCUAUCCUCGAGAAUGUGACCUCCAUCAGUCCUGCAGCUAAAGUCCGGAAGGUGCUGCAGGAAGAGAAGAGCACAGGAGGCUGGUUCAAGCACCUGCCUCCCUCCAUCACUGAGUUCCAGCCCGCCCUCCGCACCCUGGCUCAGCCAAUCCAGAGAGAGCAGCUGCGGGACACGCUGCAGCAGUGGAUCAACACGUGUAAGGAGGACAUCUGCCGUGGCGUUGGCAGCCUCCUGGUCUAUGUGAAAAGCCUGAAGGGGCUGGCGGCCAUCAGAGACGCUGUAUGGGACCUCCUCUCCACUGACUGCAUCAGUCAGCACUGGGGCGUGGUGUGCCAGCGGCUCCUGGAGCGCCCCCUGGCUGUCUGGGACAACUUCCUUCAGCAGCUUUUCCUUCAGCGCCUGCAGGCCAUCACCAAAGAGGAAACUGAGGCCAUCUCGUCCAGUUCUGUCCAGCACCUUGUCUCAGCAGUGAGGGACCUGGAGGGUCAGACCACCCAAAGCCCUGCAGGUACAAACCCUAGCUGCAACCGCAAGGCUCAGUAUGAGGUGGACGUCGCCUCGUUCCUCUGGUCCGAGUCUCCAGGUGACCUGCUGAGUGAUGCGGGGUGGAUCAGUGUGUCCCAGCGCAGGCAGCAGCAGCAGAGGAGUGGCCUGGCCAUGAAGACCCAGGCCCUGACACCUUGUGUCCAGAACUUCUGCUCUUCCAUGGAUGCAAAGCUGAAGGCCAGGCUGGAGGACCUUCAGUUCUACCUUCCCUCCCAGGAUACAGGCUCAGACUCAGUCCCUGCUGACGCCUCAUCACCCUCCUCAUUUAACCGCUUCAUGGACUCUCCGGCUGUGGAGGAGUGUUUGCGUGGAGGCUCCCUGACCUGUGUCCACCACAUCCUGUCUUCCAUCCAUGCAGAGCUGGCCACGGCCUCACCCGACCCCAGCCCCUCCCGCCUCAGUGCCGUCCUCUUCAUGGCCAGGCUGUGCCAGUCCAUGGGUGAGCUCUGUCCUAACCUGAAGCUUUGCAUCCUGGGAAAGCAGAGCGGCUCUGAGGCCAGGGUCAAAGCCCCGAGGCAAACCAAGAAGCUGGGAAAAGCCAGGCCAGCUACAGAAGUCAGCCCUGCCCAGACCAAGUGGGCAGGGCUAAAGGACGAGCUUCUCAACUGCAGCAUGGAGGCUUACCGCAUCUGGAGCUCCGCCCUCUCCAAGGUGUUGCUGGAUAAGUUUGGCAUGGUGCUGCACUCACAGUCUGCCGGAGUCAUCCUCACCACGGCAACAAACUGGGAGGACCUGGAGAUACAGGAAGAGGCGGAGUCUGGAAGCAGCGUCACGUCCAAAAUCCGUCUGCCUGUGCAGCCGUCGUGGUUUGUGCAGUCGCUGCUGUUCCAGUUGUGUGUGGAGGUGAACAGGGUGGGGGGUCACGCUCUGCCUCGGCUCACGCAGCACGAGCUGCUGCAGACGUGUCUGACAGGAGCUCUGCAUCAUUACCACAGCCUGUCACAGCAGGACCACACCAAGGAUGACGUGUUUCCCAUGACUCAGAACCGAGCCCUGCAGCUGCUGUUUGACCUGCGGUACCUCAGCACCACGCUGGGCAGCAGACUGGAGGAGAGCAGGAGCUCUCGUUCACAUCCAGACCCCAGAUUCCACGAGGUGUGUGAUUGGCUGGAGAGCUUCAUCGACCCCUUUGACCUGGACGUGUUCACACCUCUGCUGAACGCCAACCUCAGCCGUCUGUCCCAGAGGACCUCGGUGCUGCUCGGGCUGCUGACGGCCUCAGAGAAGCAAUUUGUGUCUCGCAGCAGCAGCAGCAGCAGUGUCAACUCUCAGGAAUCUUACAACAUCCUGCCACUGGCCUGCAGCCAGAUCCGGUUUGGCCUGCUGCCACUCAGCAUGUCCAAUGACAGGAAGUCAAAGAUGUCCUCCAGGAGUUGUGACCAGCUGGCUCCUCCCCCCUCUGUGGCACAGGUGCAGGACAGCUUCCGGCCGGGCAGCCUCUUCAGACAGCUGGCCAAUCAGGACGAGGACACAGCAGCUCCGUCUCUGUUCAAACUGAGCUGGCUUUCUGGCAUGGCCAAAUAAUCCCACUGCACUUUUUACUGAACUUUGUCAAAAGAAUAUGUUCAAUAAAUUCUGUCUUCUUUA